GUUGAAGCCAGCAUUAUGAUGUGAAUUGUCUGUAUCUCCAAAACUAUAUGGUCACAAUUCAUUUCUUUGAAAAAACAUAACCCUGCUUCUUCCAUGAAAAAAACUCAAUUAGGAGAUAUGGAGGAUCGGAAAGAAGUACGAAAUUCAGAUCAUGAAGUAGUUAUAGUCAUGGUUCCAUUUCCAAUUCAAGGACAUCUCAAUCAAUUUCUUCAAUUUUCCUGUUUAAUCUCUUCAUCAUAUGAUCUUCCAGUCUAUUAUCUUGGCUCUCCCACACUUAACCGUCAAGCUCGCCUUCGAGCCAACGCCUUAAAUCCUUCAGAUAUAGCCAAAAUCCACUUCCAUGACAUUCCAAUACCUGAAUUUGCCUCACCUCCACCUGUCUUUGAUGCCUUAAGCAAAUUCCCGUUACAUCAUAAGCCAUUAUGGGAUGCAUCUUUGCUUCUUCGCGAGCCCAUUGCUUCCUUUUUACGUGAUAUCUCCUCAAAAUCAAGACGAAUCGUUGUUGUUCAUGAUCCUUUUAUGUCCUAUAAUGUUCAGGAUGUUUCUUCCUUGCCUAAUGCUGAAUCAUAUAUAUUUAAUGGCAUUUCAGCUUUAAAUAUGUACUGUUUUGUAUGCAGAUUUAGAGGGAAGCCUGUCCAACUUGGAGAAGAAUUGCUUAAAAAGCUACCCGACCUUGAAGGAGGGAUACCUGAUGAAAUGAGGGACUUUACAGCUAUUCAGAGUCCACAUAUGGGUAUUAGAUCAGGUGAUAUCCUUAAUACGAGUAAAGUGAUUGAAGGUGAUUUUCUUGAAUUGCUGGUUGAAGAAAGUAAACAACAAUGGGCAAUUGGACCAAUUUUACCAACUAAACUCGAUCAUAUCUCGAAUAGAAACAACAUAUGUUUGGAAUGGCUGAACAAACAACCUCCAAGAUCAGUUCUUUAUGUAUCAUUUGGAACAACAUCUAUAUUUUCCGAUAGAGAAGUCAUAGAGCUCGCGAUGGGAUUAGAACAAAGCAGACACAAGUUCAUAUGGGUGUUAAGAGAAGCUGAUAGAGGAGAUAUCUUUACCGGGGAAGCUAGAAAACUUGAGUUGCCAGAAGGAUUUGAGGAAAGAGUAAAAGGGGUCGGGUUAGUGAUGAGAGAAUGGGCACCACAACCUGAAAUCCUGGCUCAUUCUUCCACAGGCGGGUUCAUGAGUCAUUGUGGAUGGAAUUCUUGCAUAGAGAGUAUUACUAUGGGGGUACCAAUAGCUGCUUGGCCUAUGCAUGCUGACCAGCCAAAAAAUGGUUUCUUGGUGACAGAAAUACUGAAAAUAGGCCUGACAGUGAGAGAGUGGGAUAAACGCGCAGAGCUAGUAAGUGCAUCCACGGUAGAGAAUGUCGUGAGGAAGCUGAUGGCAUCAGAAGAAGGUGAUGCAAUAAGGAAAAGAGCAGAAGAACUGGCAGAAUCCGUAAGGCGUUCCACAGAAAAAGGGGGUUCUUCUCGAAUAGAGUUGGAUUCUUUUAUCGCGCAUAUCACAAGAUAAACUUGCUUUUCACCAGAAAUUUCAAGUAUCUUGGUUACUUCUCGUUUUCAUUUUAAGUUUAUGUUCUGUAUCUGAAACUUUGUAUUUCUCUCUUAAUGAUCUUGUUUACAUUUCUCAGUUGUUUGCGUAUGUUAAAUUGGUUGUAUCCAUAUGUCACCGUUUUAUGGCAAAAGACUUUUCUUCAUA